AUGGUGUUCGUUUUCCAUAUAAACGUGCUUGGAUGGGGAAGGAGGUUGCCAGGGUUGCCAUCCAUGGUAGUGAGGCUAUUACUUUUUCUUGAUGGAACUCACUUCCUGGGAAAGUACGAUGGGGUUUUGUUGGGAGCAACAGGCAAAGAUGGCUAUGAAGGUCUUUUCCAUGUAGCAUUCGUUAUUGUUGAUAACGAAACUGACAAAAAUUGGACUUGGUUUCUCGCUAAUCUUGGGGAUAUGUUUUAUGGUCAACAGGACUAUGACAAAAUUAUCACAUUCAUCUCCGACCGGCGCAAGGGUCUUGUCAACGCCAUUGCCAGAGUGUUCCCCUUAUCGCCGAAUGGGAAUUGUUUGCGAUAUUUGGAGGGUAACUUCAUGAAAACCAAUGCUAGACUCGGGAAAGCACUUAAAGAUCAGUGUUGGGCAGUAGUUGUGAAAAUUGCAUACGCUUACAUCACGAAAAAGUUUGAUGAUGCAGUUAGUGAAUUUACGUCACUAUCGGCCGUUGAGCAUGAUUCGGUGGGAUACAUACCUUUGCCUAAGAUUCGCAAGAAGGUUGAACAAAUUGUCGAAGAUAGCCGCUUUCUAAGAGUGGGCCGAUCGGACCUUGACACGUAUGAAGUCAUUGGCGAACACAACAGUGCUGUCAUCCUGCAGGUACAAAAGGGCUCAUGCAGAAGAUGGGAUGUGCAUGGGCUUCCUUGCAAGUAUGCAUGUGCAGCGAUUAUGCAAAUAGACACUGGUGUGCACUGUUACAUAGAUGAUUAUUUCACAGCCGAUUGUUAUCGUCAUGCGUAUAUCAAACUAAUAUACCCAAUCCAUGGGAAUGACAAGCCAUCUGACGACCACCGUGAACUCCGAAUGCGUCCACCAGUAUCAAAGAAUAGAGUCACAAGCUUUCGAUGUCCAUGA